AAAUAAACAUUACCCUAAACAAACAAACCCUUUGUAGCUUAGUCUUUUUCUCCUUCAACUUCACUUCCGCUCAUCAGUUCUCUCUCUCUCUCCCUCAUACACAUUCGAAAAUCUACACUCGAAUUGUAUAUAAUUUACAUACAUAUAUAUAUAUAUAUAUAUAUAGAUAUGCCUGCGUGUGCGUGUGUGUGUGUGUAAUCGAGGGUGAAUUUGUUGUGCACGGUAAUAAUGGCCUUCGAUUCUUACGCAGUCCGGAGGUCGAGUUAAAUUCGGAGGUUAAAAUUAUAUAUUUGUGUGUGUGUGUAUAUAUACAUAACAGCAUCGGAUUCCAAUGAAGAAAAGAGUUCGAAAUCUCGAACCAAAGGGCGAGACGGAUCCUCGGGAUUACAUCGAUAUAUUGCCCGACGACAUCCUCGUAUCGAUCUUGUCUCGGCUGACACUCAAGGAGGCUGUGAUCACAAGCGUUUUGUCGAGGAGGUGGAGGUACUUGUGGACUCAUGUAGGGGGGUUAGACUUUGACGCUGACGACGCAUUGGAUAGAGUUGCCGCGGAUACGAAGCUACGUAGAUCCGAGCGAACAACAUACAUAAAUUGGGUUAACCGUGUCGUGAGGCAGCAUCAGAGGAAGACAUUGAAUACUGUCCGGAUUUGCUUCGAUUUGGACAAGGGAUCGAAAUGUGCUAUCGAAAAUUGGGUGAAGUUUGCAAUCAGGAAAAGAGUUGAGAAUCUCGAGCUGGAUUUGUUGGAGAAUGGUGACACUCUACGCUUGCCAAUCCGCAACUAUAGCUUUCUCAACAACCAUUUUGGUCGUAGAAAAGUGUUGUCCGCGAAGAAGGGGCUUACGGGUUUUAUCCCGACGGGUUUGAAGUUUCUUAAAGCUCUAACGUUGAAGUGCGUGAACUUGACUGAGCAGUCGUUGGGUGGCAUUCUGUCGAAUUGUUCGGUUUUGCACUAUUUAUCUGUACAUGGUUCGGGGAAUUUGAAGAACGUUAAAGUGAGCGGCUUGUCGCUUAGGUUGAAGCACCUCGAGAUCGUUUUUUGUUUGGGGAUUAAUACCAUAGAAAUCUCUAACGUUAAGCUCGUCUCGUUUACUUAUUUGGGUCCCGGAAUCAAUCUAGUUUUGGAUAAUGUUCCCGCACUUGACGAGAUCUCGAUUGGCGAGGGAUAUUCGGGGCUCGAAAACAAUGUCUUCGGCCAACUCUCGUGUUGUCUUUACCAAUUAGAGGUUUUCACUUUGGAUAUAUAUCGUCCCGAUGAAAACUUAAUGAAGUACGUGUUCCCGGAGCUUCCAAACUUAAAGCAGCUGAUUCUUAAAGUUGGCGCAUGGAACGACGACAGUCUCCUCGAGUUUACAUCCUUGGUAAAAGCGUGCCCGAAUUUGAACAGAUUCGUGUUGCAGCUAAUAUGGAUGUUGCCAUCGAAGAGAAGAAGAAAAAUAAGGCGAGCUGCUGGAUGUGACCAUAAACACCUCAACUUGGUCGAGAUUGUCGGGUAUUAUGGCCGGGUGAGUGAUGACGAGAUCGUGGUAUACUUCUUUGAGAACGCCGCUUCCCUCAAAAAAGUCAUAAUCGAUCCGCGCAACCAAAUCCUAGAGAGAUUGCCGGUGCUGUCCGACCAAAUCAAGAAACAGGAAUCUGCGCGUAAGCGCGCCAAGAAACAGCUCGAAGCAAAGAAGCCUCCGCGGGUUGAAUUGGUUAUCCUAUAGGACGAGACAACAGACUGUCGCCAUUGCUGCUGUGUAUAUCAAAAGCUGAGGGAGGACAGGGUAUACAGUUCAUAGCCUUAGCAAAACAAUUCUUCCUACAUCUCGACUCUACCUAGAUCGAUAGUAUUCCCGAACAUUAUGUGUUGUUUGUUGUGAACUCGUGUUAAUACCCGUUUUGUAUAAAAAAAUUUGUCGGGAAUAUAAGGUGAGAACGCCCUGCCCAUUGCAUGGACAGUAGUUCGGUGCUGUUUAACCCUAAUCGAAAUACAAAUUGAUAGCAUAUGGUAAUAGUCUAUAUUGUCGGAUGGCAUGAUAUGAAUACAUAAUAU